AGUCUGGACAUGAAAUAGGUCAAUCUCGGCGAGCACAUGAUUUUCUCUCUCUUCUUCAUCUUCCAUUUCCAGAUACGUCAGGGAAGGAGAGAGCACUGUCUCUGACUUCAUGUAAACCCAAAAAAUACCCAUCUAAAUGCCAUUAAUUUGACCUUGAUUUCCUCUGUUUUUCCUUUCAAUUUCACAGCCUCUGAAGAUCCCCACCGUUGAUUUUGGUUUGAUCUCUCUCCUCAGCCAUGCCCACUACCGCACGAUCCAUCUUCACCUUCCUCAUCUUCUUCACUUUCUCUUUCUUCUCUUCACCAUCUUUCGCUUCUGAGUCAGAUCACAAGUAUGAGCCAGAUGAGCAGGUAGUUUUGUGGGUGAACAAAGUUGGUCCAUACAACAACCCGCAAGAAACCUACAAUUACUUCAGCCUUCCAUUUUGCCAUCCACAGGGCAAGGUUGCCCACAGGUGGGGUGGUCUGGGUGAGGUUCUCGGUGGCAAUGAACUUGUGGACAGCGGAAUUGAUUUUAAAUUUCGCAAGAAUGUUGACAGGACUUCCAUAUGUGAACUUGAACUUGACCAGUAUAAAGCUACACGAUUCAGAGACGCAAUCGAGAAUUCAUACUGGUUCGAGUUGUUCAUUGAUGACUUACCUCUGUGGGGUUUUGUGGGAGAGCUUCGUUAUGACAAAAAUGGCGAGAAUGCUAAGCACGUACUGUACACACAUAGAAACUUCAUCAUCAAAUAUAAUGGGAACCAUAUCAUCCAUGUUAAUCUUACCCAAGAUGGUGCUAAGGCAGUAGAAGACGGGAAGGUGUAUGACAUGACAUAUUCUGUUAAAUGGAUGCCAACAGAUGUCACCUUCGGCAGGCGUUUUGAUGUCUACUUGGAUUACCCCUUUUUUGAGCACCAGAUUCAUUGGUUCUCCAUUUUCAAUUCCUUCAUGAUGGUCAUUUUCCUGACUGGUCUGGUUUCAAUGAUAUUGAUGAGGACUCUUAGGAACGAUUAUGCCAAGUAUGCAAGGGAAGAUGAUGACUUGGAAAGCUUGGAAAGGGAUGUCAGUGAAGAGUCCGGCUGGAAACUUGUUCAUGGAGAUGUUUUCCGGCCUCCUCGCUACCUAGCUCUGCUUACAGCUGUCAUUGGUACUGGAGCUCAAAUGGCAACUCUUAUUCUCCUUGUCAUCCUUUUGGCAAUUUUCGGAACGUUGUAUAUUGGGAGGGGAGCUAUUGUCACGACUUUCAUUGUAUGUUAUGCCUUGACAUCUUUCAUAUCAGGUUAUGUCAGUGGUGGAAUGUAUUCACGUAAUGGCGGUAAAAACUGGAUAAAGGCAAUGAUUCUCACUGCUUCCCUUUUCCCGUUUAUGUGCUUUGGGAUUGGAUUCAUUUUGAACACGAUCGCUAUAUUUUAUGGAUCUCUAGCUGCUAUUCCUUUUGGGACUAUUGUAGUAGUAUUUGUCAUUUGGGCUUUUAUCUCCUUCCCACUUGCACUUCUUGGGACAGUUGUUGGAAGAAACUGGAAUGGUGCACCUAAUAAUCCAUGCCGUGUGAAGACUAUUCCCCGACCUAUUCCAGAAAAGAAAUGGUAUCUAACACCAUCAGUAAUAUCACUAAUGGGGGGAUUGCUUCCCUUUGGAAGUAUUUUCAUUGAGAUGUAUUUUGUGUUCACCUCUUUCUGGAAUUACAAGGUGUACUAUGUUUACGGGUUCAUGCUGCUUGUGUUUCUGAUUCUGAUCAUUGUCACUGUUUGUGUGACAAUCGUGGGAGCAUAUUUCUUGCUGAAUGCUGAGAACUAUCAUUGGCAGUGGACUUCAUUCUUCUCUGCUGCAUCCACUGCGAUAUAUGUGUUCCUGUAUUCUAUAUAUUACUAUCAUGUCAAGACCAAGAUGUCAGGCUUUUUUCAACUCAGCUUUUAUUUUGGCUAUACAAUGAUGUUCUGUCUUGGUUUGGGGAUUCUUUGCGGAGCGGUUGGGUACCUGGGUUCCAAUCUUUUUGUACGAAGGAUUUACAGGAACAUCAAGUGUGAUUAGUGAAGUGCAAGGUUGGUUAAUCUUUUGUAUUGAAUGAAUCACUCUGUUAGGGGAAGGGAUCCUGUCUCAGAUGAACCCCGUAAUAGGUGGGAAGGUGGUCAGACGAAGAAACGCUCAGUUGAGAAUAGUCUAGUUGAUAGACAAGUACAAGAUUUGUGGGAAUGUGCAAUUUUGUUGGGUUCUCUAGAUAUCCAACAUUUCCAUGUAAUUUUUAGUUCAAAUACUGGGAUGAGAUUAGUGCCACCGAUUUUCACGUUGCUAGCUCUGAAAUUGAUACUUCUCUUUUUUCACAUUUACUGUAGUUCUAGGGCUUAAAGUAGCAGGUGCUGUUAUAACUGGAGAAUGAUUUCUAGUUCUGCAAUUUUUGGAUUUUCAUUGUUAUAUACGAAUAUUACUGCCUA